UUGCAGGCUCGAUCCUCAGUAGGGGGCAUGCAAGAGGCAGACAAUCAAUGAUUCUCAUCAUUGAUGUUUCUAUCUCUCCCUUCCUCUCUGAAAUCAAUAAAAAUAUACUUUUUUAAAAAGAAAGCCAGGGUCAAAUACCUCAUUGAUUAUUGUUAUAUUUAUUACACGUUGGACCAAUAAUAUUGGAAUAUUUAGAGUUAAAAUAUUAUUAAAGUUUAUUUUACCUGUUUCUCUGUUUUUUUAAUGAGAUUCCUGGGAAAUUUAAAAUUACAUAGAAGCUCUUAUUUGAAGCUGACAUGAUAUUUCUAUUGAACAAUGCUGACCUAGAGGCUACGGGAGCCAGAACUAGGAGGAAAAGGCCACCGAAAAGCCCCAUCUCAGAAAAUAACACCUCUUCCUACAGCCCCCAAACCUGCCUCAUUCAGACCAAGGCUCAGCCUAAUUAAUGAAAAAAGUGCUUGCUAAGCCAACUAAUUAUUAGUACAAAUGAAUUACAUUGGAAAGUGUAUAAAGAUAAUUUGUUGUCAGACACCAUGUACACAUAGCAAUUAAAGUGGCGAGUGCUUCUCCACUCAUUAAGGCAGGCCCUCGAGGCCCUGCAAUGGGAAGAAAAUCAGCAGCCAGCAAGCUAUCCAGAGGAAGCAUGCGUAGAGCACCUCAGUUCUCAGGAGGACGCAGGCACAGGGAGGUGCCAAUCUGGGCUUGGUAUUACCCACCCUGGGAAGGAAUGAGGGGGGAAGUGAGCCAGGGAAGUUGGCUCUUUCCCCAAGUCGAUGGUCUUCCUCCUGGUCCAGAUUUGCAUGCAUUUCCACCCGGGUCUGUCCCCAGUCCCCAGCUCUGAGUGGGCGGAGGUACUUUUCUGGGUGCUGCCACCCUCCUCCCUCGGUGGUUCUGCCGUCCAUCAGAUCUUCCUUCCUUCCCACCAGCCUCCUCUGUGGUAUGUGGUCAGGGUGGUUUCCAUCACACAGGCCACCUCUGUUUCCCAAAGAUAAGACAACCGUGUGGGUGUUUGCUCGCUGGUGCUGUUAUCUAAGAUCAACACAGCGGUUCCUACCUCCAGAGGCCUCCAGGGUCAGGAAAAAGCAGAGGCUUCGUGUCUAGGUUGGUGCCUGGUCACCAUAGUUGGGGUUUCAGGUGGUUUCCUUCUGGUGGGGGCGAGGGUGGCUGUGAACAAGCUGUGGGUCUUCUCCCCGCCCACCUCCACCUUCAGCCUCUGGCCCUAAGCUCAGGUGGCUGUCAGGGUGAAGCCCCCGCUGCAGCUGGUGAUGAGAUGUUUUUCAGCAGGAGGUACUCAGUCCCUCACAUUCUACUGAGGGGCUGUCCAGCCCCUCCUGGGCCUCCACUGUCCCGAGAGUCUCUACAUGGGUCCUGUGCCCCCUGAAGUCAAUCGUCAAGUCGGGUGGCAUUUAACCAUCAGCUGGUUCUACUGCCUCAAGACCUCCCCCUAACUGGUUCUCUGCCCCAGGCCCACCCUGCUUGGGGCACACUGACUUUCCUGGAAGCAGGAAGGAGAGAGAGCACUGGAUUAGGCUGGGUGGCUUUGGGGGAAGUUGUCUUUUUUCUUCCAGUGAAAUAAAAGGUCCAGCAUCCCAAGUCUUUAAGGCUUUCCAACUCGCUCAUGAUUCUAUGCUCUGUCCCUCCUGUUAAAGACCCUUCAGAGGGCUCCCUCCUGCACAUAAAGCCCACGCUCCUUGUGCCAGCAGCUUUCGAGGCAGUGCAGAGCCUGACCCCAACUCCUUCGAGGCCUUUCUUUUGGCCUCCUCCCACCACCACCAUCCUCCAAGCCACCCAGCCUUCUCACUGCUGUCCCCAACGGUCUACACCGUGUCUGUUUGCUCCCACCACUCAUGCCACUCUGUCUGCAGCGAUGCCCUCCCUUCAAAGCCUGCUCCACUGCCACCAUCUGCCUCUUGCACGGAGCCCCCGCCUGAAGUGAGCUUCUCCUGGGACUUAGAUUACAGACAUUGCAUUCAACCCUAGGAGUCACUGCUUGGGCAUCCAAUAGAUGAAGCAGGUCAAGGCCCAUCUGCCCCAACCCAGCUGAGGCCAUGCCUGCCCCGGGGACCAUCUGCAGCCUGCUGCUGCUCAGUGUGCUCUGGGUGGACUUGGCCAUGGCAGGCUCCAGCUUCCUGAGCCCUGAACACCAGAAAGCUCAGCAGAGAAAGGAGUCCAAGAAGCCACCAGCCAAACUGCAGCCCCGAGAGCGAGAGCUUGAAGGCUGGCUCCUCCCAGAAGAUGGAAAUCGGGAGGAAGGGGCAGAGGAUGAGCUGGAAAUUCGGUUCAACGCCCCCUUUGAUGUUGGAAUCAAGCUGUCAGGGGCUCAGUCCCACUGGCAUGGCCAGGCCCUGGGGAAGUUUCUUCAGGACAUGUUUUGGGAAGAAGCCAAUGAAACCACUCAACUUUCCCCUGAUCAAGGAGGCCAUUGGAAGCACCUUGCAACCUGCAAAGUACUUCUGUCACCAACAUGGCAUCACCUAACCCAUCCACCACUCGAGGCAGACAGAGAAUCGCACUCACCCUUCCAUGCAGAUAAGGAGACCAAGACUCCGAGCCUUUAGUGACUUGCCCAAGUCACAGUCCAAGGCU